CCUCGUUAGCUCACCAGCUCUCCACCAAGAGCUGCUUACCUAACAUACUCUCACGACUCCAUCGUCGUCGUCGCCGCCGCUUCUCGCGGAUCUGCCUGCGUCGGCAAAGAUGAAGAUCAGCGUGCGGGGGUCGACGAUGGUGCGGCCGGCGGAGGAGACGCCGCGGCAGCGGCUGUGGAACUCCAGCCUCGACCUGGUCGUGCCGCGGUUCCACACGCCGAGCGUCUACUUCUUCCGGCGCGGCGCGGAGGCGGAGGGCGGGAGCUACUUCGACGGGGAGAGGAUGCGGCGGGCGCUGGCGGAGGCGCUGGUGCCGUUCUACCCGAUGGCCGGGCGGCUGGCGCACGACGAGGACGGCCGCGUGGAGAUCGACUGCAACGGGGAAGGGGUGCUGUUCGUGGAGGCCGACGCGCCGGGCGCCACCGUUGACGACUUCGGCGACUUCGCGCCCACCAUGGACCUCAAGCGCCUCAUCCCCACCGUCGACUACACCGACGGCAUCUCCUCCUUCCCGAUCCUCGUGCUCCAGGUGACACACUUCAAGUGCGGAGGCGUGGCGCUCGGCGUGGGCAUGCAGCACCACGUCGCCGACGGCUUCUCCGGCCUGCACUUCAUCAACGCAUGGGCCGACCUCUGCCGCGGCGUCCCGAUCGCCGUCAUGCCGUUCAUCGACCGCACCCUCGUCCGCGCGCGGGACCCGCCGGCGCCGUCCCACCCGCACGUCGAGUACCAGCCGGCGCCGGCCAUGCUGGCCUCGGAGCCGCCGCAGGCCCUGACCGCCAAGCCGGCGCCGCCGCCCACCGCCGUGGACAUCUUCAAGCUCUCCCGCCCGGACCUCGGCCGCCUGCGGUCCCAGCUCCCCCGGGGCGAGGGCGCGCCGCGGUUCAGCACGUACGCGGUGCUCGCGGCGCACGUGUGGCGGUGCGCGUCGCUGGCGCGCGGCCUGCCCGCGGAGCAGCCCACCAAGCUGUACUGCGCCACGGACGGGCGGCAGCGGCUGCAGCCGCCGCUCCCGGAGGGCUACUUCGGCAACGUGAUCUUCACGGCGACGCCGCUCGCCGAGGCCGGCAGGGUGACCGGCUCGCUGGCGGACGGCGCGGCGACGAUCCAGUCGGCGCUGGACAGGAUGGACAACGGCUACUGCCGGUCGGCGCUGGACUACCUGGAGCUGCAGCCGGACCUGUCGGCCCUCGUCCGCGGCGCCCACACGUUCCGGUGCCCCAACCUCGGCCUCACCAGCUGGGUCCGCCUGCCGAUCCACGACGCCGACUUCGGCUGGGGCCGGCCGGUGUUCAUGGGCCCCGGCGGCAUCGCGUACGAGGGCCUCGCCUUCGUGCUCCCCAGCGCCAACGGCGACGGCAGCCUGUCGGUGGCCAUCUCGCUGCAGGCCGAGCACAUGGAGAAGUUCCGCAAGCUCAUCUUCGACUUCUGAUCUCUGGAGUCGACUUCACGCACGAACGCACACAUGCAGAGAAGAUCGUACAGCCAAAAAAAAAAACGCAGGAUGGUCUUAACAGCCUAUCAUCGGUAGGAUGCAGCCAUGAUUGAUUCUUUGAUUCCACACGUAGUAGUUCCUUCCUGCACGUUUUCCAUUCCUGGUUUCCUGCUCGGUCCAGUACGUGUCUACCUUGGGCAGCAGGACACAUUUUGUGCCAUCUUAUCACACGAACAAACUGUAUUUGUAUUACGAGCAGUUAAUCCAUACAACAUACUCCACAAAGUACACAUUAGUUAAUAA